ACCGAUCCAUCAAGGGUGUCCAGUAAAUAAGUUUCAUUUACCAUAAGUUACCGUAAUAUAGUCUCUGAUUUGAGUUAUAUGCAACACUAUCAAUGAUCGGUUUGACUUUUCCCUACACCUGUGGUCGGGCUCAAUGAGCUGCCCACAAACCAACCAGUAGGAUACAAUAAUGAGCGACGUCGAGCUCACAUGCGAUAAUAAUAAUAAUGCUUCAGGAUCUGCAGACUCUGCCAGUGAUACCCUCAAUCCUCUUCCAACGCUUUCAAGAUAUGCAAGCCAUAAUGCCCACCAUGGCAUGCAUCGUGGCAUGCAAGACCACCCUGCACUUCGCCAGCGCCGCCUAUCCGUUUCCUCCGCCCUCAGCCACCAUACCUCAAUCUCCAGUGCAGCUUCUCUCGCUUCAAUCGACAGACCACCUUCACGUACGUCGUCACCCGAGGGAAAGCUCCCUGCAUCAAAAAUAUACCAUCCCUUGUCACCUCACGUUCUUGCCUUGUUGAUGCCUGCGUCGAUAUUCGGAGUCUUGGCGAGGUUGGGCAUUCAAGCGUUGGUGGGGUAUGAUGGUAGGAGUAUCUUUCCACUUGCUUGGGUGCAGGUGGUGGGAUGUGUGAUUAUGGGUGUCGGAGUUGAGAUCAAGGACCCACUUGGUCAGUUCUAUGGUCCGCUGUAUACUGCAUUAACAACCGGAUUCUGUGGAUCGUUGACCACGUUUUCCGGGUGGCAGCUGGACGUCUUCCAAUCGUGGUUGAAUGUCGAUCAGGGCCGACGAGACUGGCUGCGUGAUGUAAUAGAUGGCCUGACGAAGAGUUUAUUUACGCUCGCACUAUCACUCGCCGCGGUCAUGUUCGGAUCACACUGCGCAUCUAUUCUACGAAGACGCAUCCUACCGCCGAUCCGAGUAGCCCCACCACGCCGUAUAGUUCGCUAUAGCGUAUCAAUAUUGGGAGUUCUAAUCUAUGCAGCAGCAUAUCCUGCAUACUUUAGAUUACCUGCAAAGUUCCGACACCAAGCGACAGCGGCGCUGUUGUUCAGCUUUCCAGGUACCCUGACGCGCUACCUCCUGUCGAUAUACCUCAACCCAGCGCUCUCAUUAUUCCCACUGGGUACGUUUGCUGCGAACAUGUUCGGCACGGCGAUGAUAGGCGUGUUCCAGGUCCUGCAAGGACUCAGAAAUCCACUUAGCCCGAAUGCUUGUGCGGUGAUGCAAGGCCUUGAGGAUGGGUACUGCGGUUGUUUGACGACGGUGAGUACCUUUGCGGUAGAGGUGAUGACACUGGAAGAGGAGAAGAACUGGUUCUACGUCGUGUUGAGUUGGGUGACGGCGCAGCUACUGUUGUUGGUGAUUUUGGGGCCGUCGUACUGGGCUGCGGACGUGAGUGAACGGACUACGUGUAUUUUUGUGUCGUAGCAUUUGUAGCUAUAUGAUUUGGAAUGAAAUUGAUUAUACCCCUGUUGACUGAAUA